AGGUAAACUUGGCUUGCUAGGUACAUUGCAAGCUUAGCUUAUUCCAGCGCCUUCUCGUCCCUAGUUGAUUGCUUCCACCAGAGAUCCAAAGUCGAUCUCAACCUAGCUGCAGAUGGCUUGCCCGCUUUGAUCCGAAAGAUGCACAUGGUAUAACCGAAUAAAAUUGCUGCUUUUGUCGGAUGAAGAUCACAGACAACGCUAAAUUCUGGCUAGUUCUACUGCGUACUACCCGUUACAGAGUGAGCACCUUCCAUUCCUACCUUGACCGGCUUUUUUUCUUCUUUUUCUUUUUCUUAAGUAGGUGAGGGAGGAGGUAGGUUGUACAUACAGUACUCCGUAGGAUUUCAGACGGCUCUGGGGCACUGAUAACAGCAACUGGGUUCCGUCUCCUGCCAUCACACAGGCAGGGAAACCGUAUGCAGUUUGGGAGAGCCUGGGCGGUCCCACCGCUAUCUUGAUUUUCUUGCUACGCUGUGGUCCCCUGCUCGACCCCAUGAUUCGAUUCAUGCAUUGUCAAGGUUUGCAUGCAACGACAAUUUCACAGCACGUACUUUAAAAACUCCGUGAUCUUAACCACCCCACUCGACCAACUUCGCCUCGCCUCGUGGGUUUGGUUGGGAUUUUCUUUGUAUUCGACCUAAUCCAGUUGUGUGUCUCGUGACCAUCAACUUCUCCCCUUGUGUCCAGAUCAAAAGAGGAGUAUCGCCACUCGCCAAAGUCGAGCACCAGAGCAAGUUGGUUCUACAAACAACAGAACCACGAACAAGACAAAGGAACCUUCUUGGAUAUAUAUAACCAAAAACGCGUCUGUUCAAUAAGGCGAUAGAUUCGGCGGGAAUGCCUUCGUCCUCGCGGAACCCGUCCACCUGGGACGAGUACGAUGGCGGUAUCUCGCCACACAGGACUGGCAGUAUGUCCUCAAUGGGUGGGAGGAGUGGUCGAAGCGUCCAAUUCCGGGACCAAGAGAACGAACCGCUGUUGGGCGAUGACCAGGAGCGACGCGGUAGUGAUCAGGACACCGAAUGGGCCGGAGGACUACGGCGGCGAAGGAGCUCUGUCACCAUGCGGCUCGCUUCCAUUGCAGACAUUGGUGGCGUCAACAGCAUGAGGUCCUUCACCCGCAGUUGGGCGCGUGCUGCCGGGUUUGCUGAGGUCAUACCGCAGCGGCCUUCCUUUGUGUUUGCGCAAGAUCAGGCGCCAAUGCAACCGGGCUCUACCGAGGAUAUCGUGUACAGUCGGAGCGGGACAGAGGGGGGCUUUCUGCGUCCAACGCUGGAGAAUUCCGGCCCGUCCCUCCUCCGGCAGCACUUGGAAGCCGGAAGCUCGGUCGGCUCGCGCAGUGCUGAGGCUGUCUUUGACGAUCGAGAUGAAAGCCCCUCGAGGCCCCUUCAGCCGCAGCAGAGCGGGGAUGGAAUCGACUUUAGGGAACGCGAGCUCAAGGCACUCGAUAGCGAGAUAAACAAUGGUUUCCGCAUCGGUAGCUGGAGUGGAGGCUCGGGCUCGGGCAGCGGCUCUGCAGCGAGGUCACAGUCCAUCUUUGCGAUUCCACCUCAUCUUGCGGCGCCGUCGAUUGGCGGUGACCCGGGACCAUAUGGCACGUCGUAUGGCUCCAUAGGUUCGCAGCAAAGCCUCAACUAUGGUACCGUUCGAUCUCGCGGCCGAGAAGAAUCCCCGGCCCGUGGCGUCUCUGUAGCACCGAGUGCUCGGGGCUCCGUCUGGGCUUCGGCGCCUGAAGAGGGCCCCGAUGCCGAGGUGCAGCCCAUCCUGGUCAAGGAGGUUGAACAGGACGGCAAGAUGGUUCUCACUGUGGAGGGCCAGAGCACUCUGCCCCAGACAAUCUUCAACUCAAUCAAUGUUCUUAUCGGCGUUGGGCUGCUGUCCCUGCCCAUGGGUAUCAAGUAUGCCGGCUGGCUGUGCGGAAUAGGAUUUCUCACAUUUGCUGCCGGUGUUACCAUGUACACAGCUGGGCUGCUCUCACGCUGCAUGGACCUCGACCCGAGUUUGAUCACUUUCAGCGACCUUGCCUUUAUCAGCUUCGGCAGCAAAGCUCGUGUGGCAACUAGUAUUCUCUUCACUCUGGAGCUACUGGCAGCUUGCGUCGCUUUGAUAGUCUUGUUCGCCGACUCCCUUGAUCUCCUGUUCCCCGGGCUCCUGACUGUCACUCAGUGGAAAGUCACAUGUGCGAUAAUUUUGAUGCCGCUUCACUUUAUGCCGCUAAGCCUGCUGUCAUACUCGAGCAUCCUGGGCAUAUUUUCGUGCUUUUCCAUCGUUCUCAUUGUUGUGACCAACGGUCUCAUCAAGCCGGAUUCGCCCGGCUCUCUCAUCGAGCCGGCGGCAACGUACCUGUUCCCAGCGAACUGGCUGACCCUGCCUCUGUCCUUUGGUCUGCUCAUGUCUCCAUGGGGUGGCCACAGUGUUUUCCCCAACAUCUACCGAGACAUGCGUCAUCCUUACAAGUACAAGCAAGCACUCAAAGUGACAUUCUCGUUCACGUACUGUCUUGACGCUGUCACCGCCGUCGCUGGUAUUCUCAUGUUCGGCGACAACGUCGCAGACGCAAUCACCUCCAACAUUCUUCGAACAGAGGGCUACCCUCGCGCGCUUACAGUCUUGAUGUGCUGUUUCAUUGCCAUCAUCCCGCUGACGAAAGUUCCGCUGAACGCGAGGCCCAUCAUCACGACACUCGAAGUGGUCAUGGGUGUCUACCAUGGUGCUGGCGGUGACCCCCAUGCCCCGGUACAGAUAUCUGGGGAACCGGCGCCACAGACGGGUUCGAGGAAAGUUGUCAUCAUGAGGGCUGCCAUUAGGAUCCUGACAAUCUUGUCAUUCCUGGUCAUUGCUAUUUUGUUCCCUGAGUUUGAUAGGAUCAUGGCGUUCAUGGGCAGUGCCCUCUGCUUUAGCAUCUGCGUGACUCUUCCCAUCGCGUUCUACCUAAAGCUCUUUGGCCCCGAGAUAAGCGCAAGGGAAAAGGUCAUAGCGUGGAUCAUUAUGUUGACGUCGUUUGUCAUGUCCCUUGUGGGCACCGUUUGGGCAUUCCUUCCCAAGAGCCUCAUCAGCUCCGCUUGAAGGGAGGAUUGAUCAUUGACGCUUGGGUACCGAAUCCGGUGAAAUCCUGCGGAGACGGGAUAUUCGCGUUUGUAUAGUUGUUAAAUGGGCAAGCAUGAUGUAACGGCAGUUAUUUGCAAGGGGGAAAAAAGUUUGUUUUAUUGUUAGGACUAAAUCUAGUUUGGCUCAGGUAUUAAUUGGCGGGUAAUGGCUGGUGUCUGGGGGUUUCUUGCCUUGAGCAUCCAAGGAUCAUAUUGUUUUCAACAUUUACAUCACUUGCUGCAUACAUCUUUAUUUGAAAUGGCAAUAGUAUCAAGAUGAUACCGGCUA